CCAGGGACAGGCUCGGCUUCUCCGCAGCCGGUCUGGAAGCUAUCUGAAAAAUCCCCCUCGGCGCCCCAGGAUAAAUAUGCGGGGCUUGUCAUUCGGUGCAGCGCUCUCGCCCAGCUGAUAGGGUGACGUGCAAUUUAGAGGCUUGGAGAUUGGCUUUUUGAUUUGGCUUUCUGCUGCAGCUUAAUGGGUAAAGCUCUCGGCUCGCCCAGAAACCAGCCCCUCCGCGCGUCCCCUUCGCGCGCGGCGAAGCCGAGACGUCCCCCGCCGUGACGGCGUGUGAGGCGGAGAGACGGCACGCUCCCAGCCCCGGGAAAGCCCCAGCGCCGCGGCUGCAAGCCGGGGUCCGUCAGAGCCGCCAGGGUGCGCCGGGCUCUUCUCUUUGCUCCCGCUUCCGGGAAGGAUCCCCGCGCUGCCCGCGGCGGGGACCCGGAUCCUCUCCCGGCGUCGUCCCAGCCCAAACUCCGGAGCGAGGUGUCCUAGGGGUCGGUGGUGUGGGGUUUUCCCUGUUCCCCCAAGCGGCGCGGAGGCAGCCUUCCCCAGGCCCCCUCGCCCUGGCCCUACUCCCCCUCCUGCCGGGACCUCGCGCUCCAGAUGCGCUGCCCCGCAGCUCCCUGACUGCUGCGAGCCGACGAGCCCCAGCGGGCGGGCGGCGGCGGCGUGACAUGCCCCGGACGCGGCUCCGGCCGGCGGGCAGCCCGCGGGGGCGAUGAUCCGCUGCCGCCCGUGAGGAGGCCCGGCGGCGGGGCAUCGCGCACCUUCCUGACUCCCCUCACUUCCCAGUCGGCUCGGAAGGCCGAAAGGAAACGGUCUCUGGCCUAUCAGGAGGACGAUUGGUGCUGUGGUGGAAGCCAGCGGCUAAGUCUCGUGUAUGGCGUGGUUACGGUUGCAGCCUCUUACUUCUGCCUUCCUCCAUUUUGGGCUGGUUACUUUUGUGCUCUUCCUAAAUGGUCUCCGAGCAGAGGCUGGUGGUUCGGGGGAUGUACCCGGCACAGGGCAGAACAAUGAGUCCUGUUCAGGGUCAUCAGACUGCAAGGAGGGUGUCAUCUUACCAAUCUGGUACCCGGAGAACCCCUCCCUUGGGGACAAGAUUGCCAGGGUCAUUGUCUAUUUUGUGGCCCUGAUAUACAUGUUCCUUGGGGUGUCCAUCAUUGCUGAUCGCUUCAUGGCAUCUAUUGAAGUCAUUACCUCUCAAGAAAGGGAGGUGACUAUCAAAAAGCCCAAUGGAGAGACCAGCACAACCACGAUUCGGGUCUGGAAUGAAACUGUCUCUAACUUGACCCUUAUGGCACUGGGCUCCUCUGCUCCUGAGAUCCUCCUCUCUUUAAUUGAGGUGUGUGGUCAUGGGUUCAUUGCUGGUGACCUGGGACCUUCCACCAUCGUAGGCAGUGCAGCCUUCAACAUGUUCAUCAUCAUUGGCAUCUGUGUCUACGUGAUCCCUGAUGGAGAGACUCGAAAGAUCAAGCACCUACGAGUCUUCUUUGUCACUGCUGCUUGGAGCAUCUUUGCCUACAUCUGGCUCUAUAUGAUCUUAGCAGUCUUCUCUCCUGGCGUGGUCCAGGUUUGGGAAGGCCUCCUCACUCUCUUUUUCUUUCCAGUGUGUGUUCUUCUAGCCUGGGUGGCAGAUAAGCGAUUGCUGUUCUACAAAUACAUGCAUAAAAGGUACCGUACAGAUAAACACCGAGGAAUUAUCAUAGAGACAGAAGGAGACCACCCUAAGGGAAUUGAGAUGGAUGGGAAAAUGAUGAAUUCCCACUUUCUAGAUGGAAACCUGGUGCCCCUGGAAGGAAAGGAAGCUGAUGAGUCCCGCAGGGAGAUGAUCCGGAUUCUCAAGGAUCUGAAGCAAAAACACCCAGAGAAGGACUUAGAUCAGCUGGUGGAGAUGGCCAAUUACUAUGCCCUUUCCCAUCAACAGAAGAGCCGCGCCUUCUACCGGAUCCAAGCCACCCGUAUGAUGACUGGUGCAGGUAAUAUCCUAAAGAAACAUGCAGCAGAACAAGCCAAGAAGACCUCCAGCAUGAGUGAGGUGCAUACCGAUGAGCCUGAGGACUUUGUCUCCAAGGUCUUCUUUGAUCCAUGUUCCUACCAGUGCCUGGAGAACUGUGGGGCUGUACUCCUGACAGUGGUAAGGAAAGGCGGGGACACGUCCAAGACCAUGUAUGUGGACUACAAAACAGAGGAUGGUUCUGCUAAUGCAGGGGCUGACUAUGAGUUCACAGAGGGCACUGUUGUUCUGAAGCCAGGAGAGACCCAGAAGGAGUUCUCUGUGGGUAUCAUAGAUGAUGACAUUUUUGAGGAGGAUGAGCACUUCUUUGUGAGGUUGAGCAAUGUCCGCAUGGAGGAAGAGCAGCCAGAGGAGGGCGUGCCUCCAGCAAUACUCAACAGUCUUCCCUUGCCUCGGGCUGUCCUAGCAUCUCCUUGUGUGGCCACAGUCACAAUCUUGGAUGAUGACCACGCGGGCAUCUUCACUUUUGAAUGUGAUACUAUUCAUGUCAGUGAAAGUAUUGGUGCCAUGGAGGUCAAGGUUCUGCGGACAUCAGGUGCCCGGGGUACAGUCAUCGUCCCCUUUAGGACAGUAGAAGGGACAGCCAAGGGUGGUGGUGAGGACUUUGAAGACACAUAUGGGGAGUUGGAAUUCAAGAAUGAUGAAACUGUGAAAACCAUAAGGGUUAAAAUAGUAGAUGAGGAGGAAUACGAAAGGCAAGAGAAUUUCUUCAUUGCCCUUGGUGAACCGAAAUGGAUGGAACGUGGAAUAUCAGCACUCCUGUUGUCUCCAGAGGUGACAGACAGGAAGCUGACCGUGGAUGAAGAGGAGGCCAAGAGAAUAGCAGAGAUGGGAAAGCCAAUACUGGGUGAACACCCCAAACUAGAGGUCAUCAUCGAAGAGUCCUAUGAGUUCAAGAGUACGGUGGACAAACUGAUCAAGAAGACAAAUCUAGCCAUGGUUGUGGGAACUCAUUCCUGGAGGGACCAGUUCAUGGAGGCCAUCACUGUCAGUGCAGCAGGGGAUGAGGAUGAGGAUGAAUCAGGCGAAGAGAGACUGCCGUCCUGCUUUGACUAUGUCAUGCAUUUCUUGACGGUCUUCUGGAAGGUGCUAUUUGCCUGCGUGCCCCCUACAGAGUACUGCCAUGGCUGGGCCUGCUUUGUAGUCUCCAUCCUCAUCAUCGGCAUGCUCACCGCCAUAAUCGGGGACCUGGCCUCCCACUUUGGCUGCACCAUUGGCCUCAAGGAUUCCGUCACGGCUGUUGUUUUUGUGGCAUUUGGCACCUCUGUGCCAGAUACGUUUGCCAGCAAAGCAGCCGCCAUCCAGGAUGUGUAUGCAGAUGCCUCCAUUGGCAACGUCACAGGCAGCAACGCUGUCAACGUCUUCCUCGGCAUUGGCCUGGCCUGGUCCGUGGCCGCCAUCUACUGGGCCCUGCAGGGACAGGAGUUCCACGUGUCAGCUGGCACACUGGCCUUCUCUGUCACCCUCUUCACCAUCUUUGCGUUUGUUUGCAUCAGCGUGCUCUUGUACCGGCGGCGGCCCCACCUGGGCGGGGAGCUGGGUGGUCCUCGCAGCUGCAAGCUGGCCACGACUUGGCUCUUUGUGAGCCUGUGGCUUCUCUAUAUACUCUUUGCCACGCUAGAGGCCUAUUGCUACAUAAAGGGGUUCUGAGCCACAGAACAAGGCCUUGAGCGGGGCAGGCCUAGGACUUCUCUUAAAAGAAGGGCACCUCCCCACCAGUGACCUCUUCAGGGUGAACAGCCUGGAGAGGCAGCAUCAGGACCUGUGCCCCGGAGCUUCACCUGACCUAGGCCCUGGCAGUGAACUGAAAGCGCAAAGUCUUAAUCAAGCAAACAGAAUGGAAGAAACACCCACUUUACAAAGUAUUUAAUGAAGUACAAACCAACAAUAGCAACAAAUCCACCUCCACUCUACCUUCCCACCCAUGUCCCCAGCCCAUUGCAAAGGUCAGACCCUUUCACCACCUUCUAUUCCACUUUAUUCUUGUUCUUCCUUUGCUUCUAGUUUCCUAGGGGUCUCCUGUCUGUCUAAUUUGUUAUGUCACUCUUCUCUCACUCCGCUGGCGAGGUAUGGAAAUGAGGCAUGGCCAUGUGGCUGGCUUGGGGUUCUCUUUGUUUUGUAAUCAUUAUUGUGGCUGCUUUCAUUUUCCAUCAGGUUUUGUUUAUUGUUGUUUUGUUUUGUCCUGUCUUGUCUUUUUUUUCUGAAGUUAGUGACAAAGGUGGCAUGGAGGAAGGUGAGAGCUGAGCUGACAGAUAGAGGCAGAAAGUUUUAGACCCACACCCUCUCACUCUCACUGGGCAACAGCUGUCUCAACUUCAUUAAGAUCCUGCCCCCAGGUCCUCUUUUUUCUGACUUCCUUGGAGGAUAGAUGGCAUUUGGAUGGGAGGAAGUCUGCACAGCCAUGGGGUAGUGGGUAGGGGGGCACAAAAGAACGGCCGGAGCAGGAGGAGCUUUAUAUGCCUUCGCUGAAAUCAAGUCAACGAACACGAAGUGUUGUCCUCUUCUCUGCCCAAGCCUUGCAAAUUCUGUGUGCCUCACUGUGUCCAUGUCUAUAUGUUUAUCCUGUAGGAAGACCCACCAAGUAGAAAAUGUGGGGCAGAAAUUGGAAUGGUAUAUGAUGAGCAAGGGCAGCUGGGAGAGCAGUAGAGAUCUACGCCUUCUUGAGUAUCUUUGGCUUUGUGUCUGAGGCAAGAGAGAAGAGAUGUCCAACUAAUAAGUUCUUUAAGGGGAAAGAUUAUAUUUAAAAUGUCAGUGAUUCUGAGAAAUGUUAGCUUCACCACCCCCUCACUUCCUAAUGCUUUGUACUGAGAGGGCUGACUACAUUUCUUGAAGUAAUUCAAAAACUUAGAAGCUUAGAAGAAAAGAAGGGGUUCUUCCACCUCUCUUGGACCCUCAGGUCACGUUGGAAAGCAUUUUCACAGGAUAGGAACUGGAAUUCUUCAUUUCACCCACGUUCCUGCUGGUUUUUAAAUCUCAUAAAUCUUGUUUUCCAGCCUGUGGGGUAUUUCUUGACCCAACAAUAAGAAGAGUCUUGGUUGCCAUAAUAACAUGGAGCCCGGGUUUAUAGGAAAAGGAUUGCCAUGUCCUACAGACCUCUUGUCAAUAAAUUUUGAGAGGACCUGGCUUUAAAACACACACACACGCACACACACGAAUAAACACAGAUACAAAAUCACCACAGAACUGUCCACAGAUCUUUAGGCUUUAUGCAUUGACAGGAAUACAUUUUUUAAGGGGGGAAAAAAGAAAUUAAAAAGAACCUGUUUAAUUUUAAACACAUUUUUUUAAGAAAAAAAUAACUAAAAAAGAAACAGCGCUCAUGUCAUAAGUUAUGUUGACAGUUGCCAGUGGAAAUGUUGGGUUGGUUUUAAAAAAAAAUAAAAGCUAUACUUAUAUCUCUCUAAAUA